AUCGCAGCGAACGGGAGAGGGCAGGCGUCAGUAGCCCAGUGUGCGAUCGCGGGGGGAAUCGACAGGGCGAACACGGGUUGUGGACACAAUGGAUUCUCAAACUGACGGACUGUAGGUAGCGGCAGAACGAGCCUUUGAUGAAUGCAGGAAAAAAGACGGAGAAGCAAGGGGGGGCUAUGACGUUUCAGCUCAGCCACAGCAACGCGUGAUCAACCAUGAUGAAGACAGAACCCCCCUCUGCGGCUAGUGCCACCGCCCCCACCUCUCUCCGGAGCGCCUCCCCGCAUAGGAACGCCUACGAGGCGGGCAUGCAAGCACUCAAGCAGGCCACGGACACCCUCAACAGUGCGGCCAAUGGUGAGGACGCCAAGGAUGGCAAGGCGCGGCCCAUGGGUCGAGGCCGCCGCUAUGGCGCCAACGUGCAUCGCAUCAAGAACAUGUUCAUGCAGAUGAACUCCCCGGGCGAUGAGGAGGACCCGUCCAAAGUCAGCGACCAGGUGCGCUUGUCCAUCCCGCGAGCCAGCAGCCUGACUGACAACUUGGACCAGGGCGCCCUGGGGCCAAUCAAGGCGGCCACCAAUAUCUCAGAGCGGGCUAGCCGCUUUGACGGUAAGGUGGACGGGGGCAUCCCCCGAGGAGCACCUGCUGGUUACUCCAAGCUGCAGGAGAUGAAGAAGAUCUUCGAGCAGCGCCAGUUGCAGGAGAAGCAGGUGGCCACCAACAGGAUCCUGUUGAAAAAAGAGCGUGCCUCUGGCUUUCAGGACGGGCGCCUGGACGUUGUGGUCCGCUUCAAUGGCAGCACCGAAUCCCUGGACAGCCUGGAGCCGCCGCCGCCACCAGCCGGCGGAGGUCCGACUGAGGCCGUCUCGCCGACGGUCAGCCAGCUGAGCGCCGUGUUCGAGAAAGCUGAGCUCCGCAACAACGUCCACCGGUCCUCCUCUUCCUCCGUCUCCCCGCUAUCCUCGCGAGGGGUCAGCCCCAUCCCAGGCAAGCCAGCGCCCCCUCCGCCUCCCAGCUCCAAAAUCGCAGCCAAGAAGGUGCGGAUAUUGCCCCCGCUGGAUGGGCAGCAGCAGGAGGAGGGGGGAGCUCCAGCGGAGGAGCACGAAGCUGCAUCAGGGAGCCCCAGAAACAAAUCCCGAGUCCCGGCAGAGAGGGCCGGCUCGCAGGGUCCCCUGCUAGGAGACAAGGCUCAGGCAGCCCACAGCUUUGCCACAACAGAGCCGCACAAAGAUGGCCAGGACCGACCUGGGCAGGAGGCGGGUGCUCGAGGAGCGGAGCAGCUUGAAAGGCUGGCCAAAUCCGGGGAGCAGGGAGAUGCUGGCACCCCAGAGGCGGCGAGCAGACUGGUCCAGGCUGAGGUGCACGCCUCCUUAGAGAACGGCGAGGCUCCUGGGGGCCCACAGGUGAGGGUCAUGGAGGACGGCGUGGAGAGGCUGGCUACGGGACUCGUGGGCGAGGAGGACGAGAUCGAGGAGGAGUCCCGGAAGGAGGAUUACUCCGAGGGCGACCUGGUGGACAUCAGUGCCUACAGUGGCGUCGGUGACGAUUCGGGAGGCAGCCAGCUGGACGAGGAUGAGGAGGUGGACGACGACGAGCCCUACGAGCCUGAGUCCAGCUGUUCUGAGAUGGCUGGCCUCCCUGCUGAGGAGGAACCGCCGUCUAACCGCAAGAUACGCUUCAGCGUCGAUCCAAUCAAGGUGUUUACCACAUAUUCCAAUGAGGACUACGACAGGCGUAACGAUGACGUGGACCCCAUGGCAGCGUCGGCGGAGUAUGAGUUGGAGAAACGUGUGGAGAGGCUGGACCUGUUCCCCGUGGAGCUGGAGAAAGAUGGCGACGGCCUGGGCAUUAGCAUCAUUGGCAUGGGUGCGGGCGCUGACAUGGGCCUGGAGAAGCUGGGCAUCUUCGUCAAGACCGUCACAGACGGUGGCGCUGCUCACCGAGACGGCAGGAUCCAGGUGAAUGACCUCAUAGUGGAGGUGGACGGCACCAGCCUGGUGGGUGUCACCCAGAGCUUCGCUGCCUCAGUCCUGAGGAACACCAGUGGCAGUGUCAAGUUCAUCAUUGGCCGUGAGAAGCCGGGCGAGCAGAGUGAGGUGGCCCAGCUGAUCCAGCAGACCCUGGAGCAGGAGCGCUGGCAGCGGGAGAUGAUGGAGCAGCGCUACAACCAGUACAUGGAGCACGACGAGGAGACGGGCGAGUACGGCACUGAUGAAGAUGAGGAGAUGAGCCCCAUGUUCCCCAACGCCAUUGAGGUGUUUGACCUGGCCGAGAAUGAAGACAUGCUGUCGCCCGUGGAGAUGGACCCCGAGAAACUCGUCCACAAGUUUAAGGAGCUCCAGAUUAAGCAUGCUGUCACCCAAGCGGAGAUUCAGCAGCUGAAGCGGAAGCUGGCCCACGCGGAGCAGGAGAAGCUCCGCUGGCGGAUGGAGCGCGCUCAGCUGGAGCAGAGCGUACGCGAGAGCAAGGAGCGCAUGGAGAAGCUGGAGGGCUACUGGAUGGAGGCCCAGUCGCUGUGCCAGGCCGUGGACGAGCAUCUCAAAGAGACGCAGGCCCAGUACCAGGCCCUGGAGCGCAAGUACAGCAAGGCCAAGAGGCUCAUCAAGGAAUACCAGCAGAAGGAAAUUGAGUACCUGAAGAAGGAGACCGCCCAGCGAAGAGCUCAGGAAGAGACAGAGGCUACUCACAAGGUUGAGACAGAUAAUCUCCAAGACAAGGUAAAAAUCUCAGACCUGGAGACCAAAGUGGAUGCUCUGAAGACCUCCGACCCGUCCUAAACCUCUACACCCAAGGAAGAGAGGGAGCCUGGCCCGGGAGCCCAGCUCAUCCUUUCCCCCCAGCAGCCACAGAGAAACCAACCAACAAACAAACGACUGGCAAACCCCCUGAGAAACAAACGACAGAAAGAAGACUGGGAAAUGGGAUGCUACUGUGGAAAGGGGAAUUCAAAACACAUACACACACACACACACACACACAGCUUAAAAAAACCCAAACAAAAACAAACUCUCUUUCGAUGUCUUGUUGUUGCCAUGCUGUUUGUCAGUGUGUCCAUAGAAGGCACGUGACUACUCUUCGGUCUCACGUGUAACGACCGCCAAACCACCCCAGAAAUAACAUCAGUGGUUUUCGGUUCAUCAGUUUAGGCUUAUCUUUAAUCACUUACUGCCCGAGCCUGUCACGUCUUUGGACAAACUGCACACAGCAGCAUCAAAGAGCAGACAUUUUACAGCUUCAGUGUAAUAACUCCGAAUUUCUCAAUGCACGACAAGGAAAACCCCAAAAUGGCCGCCCCCUCUUGACCUGUCAAUCAGUUGGAGGAAUUGGAUGGAGAGCAAGAGAGAGAUAGUUCCGUUUGUACAGAAGGAAAUCCCUGUAAGAGGACAAGACUGAGCUUGUAUAUAUUCUUUACAUAUAUUUAAAACAAAAUGUUUUUUUUUUUAAACGCUUCAAGCAGUGUGCGGAGGAUGGUGUGGAUGAGUAGGCGGGAAGAGGUGUCACUGAAGCCGUUGCUGUAUGGUCACACCAUUCUCUUAGCGAAAAUGUAUGAUGAGUAAGAGCCGCGCAAAACCGAGUCGUGAGGACCGGAUGACGAAUGGUUGUGCAUAUCCUUCUCUUAGCGAAAAAAGGGCAAACAGGGUUUGAACGUGUGGAAGCAUAACAUAUUAACAUGGGGUUGUGGGGUCGCUUAUUUCUCUCUCUCAGUUUAACGAUUAAUAAAGGGUCAGUAUUACCAGAUGAUGAUGAUAAUGUGCUUGACUCUGUGUGAAUGAGGGUUCUAAAGUUGUCACCCAAACGGUCUGUGGUGGUCAUCAGUGGAGUCUCGCAUCAAAACGUAUUGGCGGGAAAAGGAAAGAAAAGAAACUAGACUACACUUCCCAUGAGCUCUAGGGUGAAGUUGUGCAGAGAGGUGGAAGAGAAGGUGGAUCCUCUGUGUGUGAUCCACACAGUACUAUUCUGAACCUCAGAAACCAGCCAGCUGCCUUCUUCCCUUCACUGUCGCUUAUCUCAUUGGCUUGCCAUUAAAUUCUUUGUAUUUUAGCAUCGAAUAGAGUUCUGCUCUCGUUGCCUCCCUCUCAUGCUCCUUCAGUGCUUUGACAUUCAUGGCUCAACCUCAAAAUGGCCUCACUUUUACAGCAUGCUGGCCUCCUUUUUUUAAAAAAAAAAAACAAUAUUUCACCGCAAAACAAACCAUUUCACCUCAGCAUUAUCAGUAAUGCUAAUAGAACUCAUUUCACUUUUAGACUGUGAAAUUAAAAUCUCUUUUUCAAGUUACUGACUUCCAUAGGCCUCUUUAGUAACUGUUCCAGCUGUGACAAAAUCACCAGUUCAUGAUCUUAGCCUAUUAGGCCAAUACUCAGUCUCUGUCUUGGGCGAAGGCCCUCACUAGGCACUGAGUGGUCUCUGUUGGAUGGUUGGGAUUUCCCAUGGACCCCUCUGCAGUCUUCCCCCAUCUCUCCUCCGUGGUCCUACUGCUUUGGGCGUUUGCUGUUAAACUCCCAGUGCUUAAGCAUUAGCUUCUGUUGGUAGGUGUUAGAUUAAGCAGUUUUGUAAAGACAUACAGUAUGUAACAGGCAAAACACACACACACACACACACACACACACACACAAAUGGUCACUCUCAUGAAGAGUCUUAGUUUGAAAAGAAGGAAUGAUAUGGUUCCAGAAGUUUUUUUUUUAUUUGAUUGUCUUUUGUUGUGUCUGUGUUUAUUUUUUUACGUGGACUCUGAUGUUAGAGUAAUGGAGAUUGGGCCUUAUCUAUUUGAACUUGUCUCACUUCUUUUUGUCCCAUUGAAACAUAAUAAGGUUUGUGUUGCUCAGAAGUAUGCAGAUGGCAUCAUACUUACAUGAACAGUUACAUCCUUACCCCUCUGUUGCUCAAACAGAACAGUGUUACCAGAGCAAGCCCAUAGCAAGUAUUGGUAGUUUGGUCUAUCUCUGGUGCAAAAGCAGUUUAAUAAAGAAAGUAUUAUUCUCUCGGUUUGGUAGGUUUCAGUCAAAGAUGUUGAAAACUCUUGCAUCUUUGGACCACAUAAGGUAUUAUGUACAGACAGCCCAUAACAUUAUUGCUAUGGUUUCCCAAAGUUACCUGUUUUCUUAUUGUAAGAAAAUUACUUUGGGUAAACAAUAAGCAUGGUAUCGCUGUUGGCUGUUUUUUGUAUUAUUAUUAUUCAUUUUUAUUGUAAAGCCAGACCUACUGGAAUUAAGCAUGGAAUGACCAUUACAUCAUCAAACAUCAGAUUCUUCAGCUAGAAUCUUAUUUUCCAAACAGUCAGCCUCAUGCUCCAAAGCUAAUCUCUACACCAUUGCAGUUGUAGUCUUUUCACUGAGGCCAGUGCAGUAUACAUGACAUUCUAAAGAGAUUAACUAGCUGCAAUGAACCAGAUGAAUUCAUCAGUACUUACGGUAUUGGUGGAGAGAACAUGUCUGAUUGCAUUUGAUGACACCCUUCCAAGAGGGAGCUUGUAGUUUUAUUAGGGUUUCUUGUUUUUAACUCGGCACCUUGUUAAGAGGGCUCAGCAAGAUCACUGAAAAAAGUCAGGAACAGUACAUAGGACUACCAGACAGGUAAUAUGCUGUAACAAAGAUUCCAUGAACAACAGACGUCAUUCCUUGCUUCAUGUUGCUAUUGCAUCCUUUAGUCCACUUGCGACACUGACCAUGAAUGGACAAACUCUACGGUGAACUCACUUGGCUUGAGCUGCUGUACACCAAUGUGCAUAGCAGAUGACCUGGGAACUGUGCAGACAUCUCAAACAUCACUAGCAAAAGGACUGUCUGAUCGGUCCUCCUGAGAAGACGGCAACAAAAUUACAUCAGGAAAUUGUUUGAUUGAAACUAGCAUUGCCAGUCCAGGAUUUUUUUUUUACUGCACACUCAGCUGAUUUUUGUUUGUCUGUUUUAUUUUGUUUAAUCGCUCUUGUUUUGGACAUUUGGAUAAAGUUAAAUCUUCGUGUACCUAGAGAGCAGCUGACUAAUGGAUCCUAUUUCAGCCUUGCUGCAUAGCAGCAGUCAACUGUUCUCUAGAACGGAUGGAUUAGCAGGGUGUAACAAUCUCCUAGGAGGAAAGGAAUAAAUGAAACUCACAGCCAUUCCUUGUUUUGUAUUUAAUGUUUUUUUUUACCCCUGCUUUGUAAUUUGCUGUCAUGAUUCAUGAACAAUAAUGAUAACAAUAAUAAACAAUAAACUUCAUCUUGAUCAUCUGGCAUAAUUUAGUCAUCAUUAAUAAUAAAUGCAAAUGUGUUGAA